AUGGGUAAAAGAUAUUACUGUGAUUAUUGUGAUAAAACUAUGGUGGCGAGUCCUUCAAUUGUUAGAACACACAACAAAGGAGUUGUUCAUCAAAAAUUGGUCAGUGACCACUACCAGAAAUAUAAAGAUCCUAAGACUAUACUUAGAGAAGAAAGCAAUAAAAAGCCAUGUGUUAGAUUUGCAAGAGGUGAAUGCCAGUUUGGAGGAAUUUGUCGUUUUUCGCAUUAUACACAAGAACAGAUUAAUGCCUUAAAACAAUAUGUUGCAGCGCAAGAGAGUACCAAGUUAAAUGCUGACCAGCCGUCCUUUGAGGAUUUGUAUCAAAAACUGCAAACUGAGAAGACCACAAAAUCUCAGACCAAUGAGGGAACAGCAAUGUAUGAUUAUAAUGGAGUUACUCACGUCUUCCCUUGGGUCUAUAAUCCAGUUUUUGAUAGUUUCGGUGACAGUUUGCCACCUAGCCUGAAAAGACUUCAAAUUGAUGACUUUUUGAAUACUACCUUUACUGACUGGGGCUGA